AUGUGUGUGGUACCAAUUACAUCUGGAGAAACAGGAAAACUCUGUUCACUGGUUCAGCUGUAUAAAGACAAUUAUUAUAGAACUACAAAUGCCAUCCAAAGCAGAAAAUACUUUACUGAUCUAAGCAAAGAGUCUGACCGUCUUGAACACCAAGAGAAAAUUUGGAAGCAGAGUUGGGCUCCAUGUCCUCAUAAAUAUCAGAUCAAGAUUACAGAACUGUCACCACUGCUUAAAAAAAGGUCACCAAAAAAUCACCUACAACAGAGCUUGAAUGAAAGUGCGUCAAGAAGGUGUGCUUCAAGCAAAGAUAAAUGGCAGAAGGAAAACGCCCCUCGUGAAAAUGGUGCUUUACAGGAGGUUUUUGAAGCAGACAUGAAAAUUAAUUCAGCAGAGGACUUUAUGCCAACUUUUAAAGAUGUUAUUGGCAGAAUAACAAAUGCUUGUAAACUUUCUGUAUCAGAGAUGACAAUUACUGGUACACAAGAGGAUUUGCUGGUAGAGGAAUUAGAAACACUCAAAACCACAAAAAGAUUGUUGUGGCCUUCACUUCAAACAAGAGAACAUGAACAUUUAAGCAGCAAAAAUACCGACACUUUGAUACAGAAGUUAAGUGAAAAUGAAACCCGAAAUGCUAAUCUCAGGAGAAGGAUACUCAAAAGGGAGAAACAUGUCAAAGAACUUUCAUCCAUGCUUCAGUUUAAAAAAAUCAAUGUACUGAAAGAAGACCACAUAUCAAGAUCGGCAAGCACAGUAGAAGCUCACCUGCAGUGUCAGAUUCAAAGAAAAGGAGUGGAAAAUGAGGAAUUAAAACUGAAAAUACAGACUCUAGAAAAGAAAAUAGCAGAGUACAAACUUCGAGUUGGUGAAUACAAGCAUCAGAUAUUAGCCUUAAGGAAAACAAGUGAGCAAGAGAAGACUGGUCUGAGAAAAGCAAUCACAUCCCAGAAACGAAAAGCUGCACAUUUUGAAGAAGCUGUGAAAAACUUAACCUCCAGAAUAAGAGAACAUGAAGUCAAAUUGUCUGAAAUACUCUCAGCUUCUGAUGUCUGGAAAAAACAGCAUGAUAGAAUGGUAGAAGAAAAGGCAAUGUUAGAAAUUCAAACAGAAGACCUUAAGAAGCAGAUAACAAGCCUUUCUGAAGACCUGAAAAGAAAAGAGGAAUACAGAAGAAAAUCUAAUGAGGAAAUUCUUGGAAAGCUAAAUUCUGUUAACUCUGAAAAUGAAAAGAUUUAUCUUGAAAAUGAAAAAUUAAAGGUUUCCCUUGCUACAUUGGAAAACAGUACUGGCUCUUUUGAAAAUGAGAUGCUAGGUCUGCAAGAAAAGGCAAAGUUACAGGAAAACCUUGUUGAACAGUGUAAAAUUCAGGUACAAAAAUUACAAACAGAAGUAGGAUUGAAAUCCAGAUAUGAAACAGUCUUAAAUGAAAACAAAAGAAUAACAGAAAACAAAUGUUUAGAAGUAGAUGAGGUGAAGGACAAAAUAGAGGCUGAGUCAAAGGAGUUAGAACAUGUUUGUGACAUACUGAAUGCAGCUGAGGAAAAGCUGCAAGGAUUUCAAGAAAAGCUUAUAUACUGGGAAAGGAUCAAUGCACAGAAACACAAAAACCCUAGGGAGCUACAUGUUCAGGAGGAAGACAACAUAAAUUCCAUGGACAGUCAUUCCUUGGAAGUAGAAAACUUUAACAUUCAGAAGAAAUAUGAAGACCUUAAGAGGAAAUUAGAAAAGAUAGAAUUUCAAAAUGAAGAACUUGCUUAUCAGCUCAAAAAAGAAGAUGAGAGUCUUCAGUGCAGUAAAUUGCAGCUUGAAAAGAAAAUUGCAGAGUAUAAUGGUUUAACCAGACAACUGGAAUCUGCUUUGGAGGAAGGGAAAAAAAUGGUAGCUGAAGAAUUUGAAAGACUGUCAUACACAGAACAAGCCCUUCAGACAAAAAUACUACUCCUUGAAUCUGAACUGAGAGAGUGGCAAGAAGAGAAAAACCAACUUCUCUGCAGAUUUCACCAUAAUGAAAAGCACCAUGAGAUAUGCUUGAAAGAGCUGGAGAACAGCCUACGAAAGUCAGAAAACAAGAACCAGAGCAUCCAGAAUUAUGUGCAGUUUUUGAAAACCUCAUACAUAACAAUGUUUGGCUGA